AUGAUCGACCUCCUGGUCAUGCCCGUGUUGAUGCUCAGCUUCUUCGCACUUCAACUUGAAAGAGAGAACAUAGGCAACGGGCUUAGAGACUUCGUCUUGAGGGACGCUGCUAUUCCACCAAAUCAAUUCAACAUUGGCCAGCAACUUCUUUCCGCAGACAUCAUGCUUCUCGAGGCAUUCUCCAUGAGUACUAUAUGA